CUCCAUCAGUAGCACGGAGCUGCCCACACCAUCCGCAUCAGCCGCACUCAAUUUGUUGUCUCCGCUUUUAGCAAGUAGCUUGACUACAGCCUGUUUGGUUCAUCAGCCACACACUUUACUUCAGCUGCUGGGCUCUUUUUAAAUAGGUUUGUGGCAUUUCUAGUUAUUUUCUUCCAGAAGACGAUCGGGCAUAAUGAACACACUUAACCAGCAAUAUGAGGAGAAAGUGCGCCCCUGCAUUGACCUCAUCGACUCCCUGCGCUCCCUGGGUGUGGAGAAGGACCUGGCGCUGCCUGCCAUCGCCGUGAUUGGCGACCAAAGCUCGGGGAAGAGCUCUGUGCUGGAGGCGCUGUCAGGAGUGGCUUUGCCGAGGGGCAGUGGUAUUGUCACAAGAUGCCCUCUUGAACUGAAGAUGAAAAGAAAGAGAGACGGAGAGGAGUGGUAUGGCAAGAUAAGCUACCAAGACCAUGAGGAAGAGAUUGAAGAACCUGCGGAUGUGGAAAAGCAUAUUCGAAAAGCCCAGGAUGAUAUGGCUGGGGUCGGUGUGGGGAUCAGUGAUGACCUCAUCAGUCUGGAGAUUGCGUCUCCUGAUGUUCCAGAUCUGACACUCAUUGAUCUGCCGGGCAUUGCCAGGGUGGCAGUCAAGGGCCAACCAGAGAACAUUGGGGACCAGAUCAAGAGACUGAUCAGCAAGUUCAUCACAAAACAAGAAACCAUCAGCUUGGUUGUUGUCCCAUGCAACGUUGACAUCGCAACUACAGAGGCUUUGAAGAUGGCACAAGAGGUGGAUCCUGAUGGAGAGAGGACUUUGGGUAUCCUUACCAAGCCGGACUUAGUUGACAAAGGCACAGAGGAGACGGUUGUGGACAUUAUUCAUAAUGAGGUCAUCCACCUGAAGAAGGGUUACAUGAUCGUCAAGUGCAGGGGUCAGAAAGAGAUCACAGAGAAAGUGUCUCUGACUGAAGCAACAGAAAGAGAGACGGCAUUUUUCAAAGAUCAUGCUCAUUUCGGCACUCUCUAUGAUGAAGGCAAUGCCACCAUUCCUAAACUGGCAGAGAAACUCACCCUGGAGCUAGUGCAUCAUAUUGAGAAAUCUCUGCCUCGGCUGGAGGAGCAAAUUGAAGAGAAGCUGGCACAAACCCAUGGAGAGCUGGACAGAUAUGGCACUGGACCCCCAACUGACACCGCAGAGAGACUCGUCUUCCUCAUUGAUAAAGUGACACAAUUCACUCAUGAUGCUCUCAGUGUAACAACAGGAGAGGAGCUGAAGUGUGGAGAGAGGCUCAAUGUCUUUUCCACACUCAGAAAACAGUUUGGAACAUGGAAGGCCCACUUAGACCGCUCUGGACAAAAAUUUAACGAGAGAAUUGAGAGAGAGGUAGCUGCAUAUGAAGAGAUGUACCGUGGUAGGGAACUGCCAGGAUUCAUCAACUACAAGACCUUUGAGGUCAUGGUGAAGGAUCAGAUCAAACAGCUUGAGGAACCUGCUGUCAAGAAACUCAAGGAUAUAGCAGAUGCUGUGAGGAAAGUGUUCAUUCAGCUGGCCUAUGUUAGCUUUACUGGAUUUCCUAAUCUCAUGAAAACAGCCAAGGGUAAGAUCGAAGCCAUCAAGCAGGAGAAGGAGGCAACUGCUGAGUCCAUGCUGAGAACUCAGUUCCAGAUGGAGCUGAUUGUUUACACCCAGGACAGCACAUACAGCAGCAGUUUGAGUGAGAGGAAGAGGGAGGAGGAGGAGGAUCUGCCAGUUCAAAAACAGAAUUCAAAAAGGAUGAUUGUUUACUGCCCAGAUAACCAUGCCACACUGCAGGAGAUGAUGUUGCACCUGAAAUCAUAUUAUAGCAUUGCUAGCCAGCGUCUAGCUGACCAGAUCCCUCUGGUGAUUCGCUAUCAGAUGUUGCAAGAGUCUGCCAUUCAGCUGCAGAGGGAGAUGCUACAGAUGAUUCAGGACAAGGAGAACAUGGAGUUCCUGCUGAAGGAGGAUAUGGACAUUGGUGUCAAGAGAUCCGCCUUGCAGAGUCGCCUCAAACGCCUGAUGAAGGCCCGCUCUUACCUGGUGGAGUUCUAGAGGGGGUCAUGGCCUGAUGGCAUCAGCUUUGCUUUGAUAUUCACCUCCUGCCAGUUGCCACAUACCGUAUAUAGGAUUCCUGCUGCUUUUUUCCUGUUCUUCAGUUUUGCUUUGUAUGUUGUUUAGAAAGUGGUCAAACAACAUUAGUUAAGUGGUAUUGCAGUGGGUCUUGAAUGUAAAAUGGAUAGCUGCUCUUUAGAUUUCUGUAAAUACACAUAAAUGUGCCAUGGUUCCCAAAAGAGAAACUACACAAAGCACUAAAUAGCAUUAAAAAAAAAAACUGAAAUGUUUUUAUUGAAUCCUUGAAUUUCAUGUGGCAACCGUACUGUAGAUUAAAAUGCUGAACCAACACAUUAUGGCCAAGCCCGGCCACAUCAGGAGACUAAACUGCACUGUGUCAUCAUCUGUUCUUGCCAUUUUAAAUAACGGCACUUUAAAUUUUACAAUCAGACAGUGUCUCAAACAUUUUUCUUCUUGUCGCUAUGAUUUUGACAAUCAUAGUAAAGUGAGCUUAGUAUAUUUUCAUAGUUUCACCUGAAAUGUUCAGUUAUUAUGAAGGCAAUCAAUCCCACAUUAACAGUUAUUCUAUGUGGAAAAAAAACUUAUUGCAAUGCACUUGUUUUAGCCAGCAAUGGAAUUUUGAUUUAUUUUCUGUUUUUCUUUUGUUGCAGAGGUACACUGUUACUUAAAUUU